AUGUCUGCAUCCGACCUCGUUGAUAGCCCCCAGGCGAAUGGGAAGACUAUACCAGGUACAAGCACUCAAAAUGCGCCAACCGAAGCCGGCCAGUCAGCUAAACCUGUUGCUGCUGAAUACCACAUCCCUCUUUGGGACGUUCCCUCCUACAGCGUACCGAGGAAGCUGCGCGUAAUCACGAUUGGCGCUGGCUUCUCUGGUUUGACAUUCGCCUACAAGCUGCGGUACGAGAAUCCGGAGAUGGAAAAGAUUGUGUCCAACACCAUUUUCGAAUCUCGGUCCGACAUAGGCGGGACUUGGCUUGUUAAUACAUAUCCUGGCGUGCAGUGCGAUGUCCCGUCCCACAUAUAUGCGUUCCCCUUUGACCCCAACCCAGACUGGGGACAUUACUAUUCCUCUGGGGCUGAAAUCCAGGAAUACAUACAGAAAACAGUCAAAAAAUGGGGUCUCGAUCGGGAUGUCCAACUGAACUCGAAGGUGGUUGGCCUCUACUGGCUGGAACACUUGGCUCAAUGGAAGGUCACAGUCGAACGAAACGGUCUUCAGAGAGACGAGUAUGCCGAUGUUGUCAUCUCUGCACAAGGUUUCCUCAACUCCUGGAAGUGGCCAGAUAUACCUGGAUUGCACGACUUUAAGGGCCACAAAGUGCACUCGGCAUCAUGGGACCACUCUUAUGACUACUCUCAUAAACGGAUUGGUAUUAUCGGGAACGGGUCUUCGGCGAUUCAAAUCCUUCCACAACUGGCCAAGCUUGAAGGGACAGAGAUUAUCAGCUUCCAGAGAAGCCCUACCUGGGUCGUGUCACGUACAGACCCCGGAAAGCUUCUGGGACGGCCCAAUUCUGGAUCGAAUCCGGCCUACACAGAGGAAGAGCGCAAACGGUUCCUUGAAGAGCCUGAGGCGCACCACAAAUACAGGAAGAGCUUGAUCCACGCGUUUAACAAAGGAUUUAGUAUGUACCUGAAGAAUUCGCAAGAGAAUAUUGCCGCCCAAGAGUUUGCAGCGCGCCAAAUGGCCGAGAAAUUACAACAUGACCCAGAACUGUGUGCGAAGCUGAUACCAAACUGGGAAGUUGGAUGUCGGAGAAUAACUCCAGGCGCUGGAUAUCUCGAAUCAUUUUUGCAGCCAAAUGUGCAGUUAAAACAGAGUUCUAUCGCGGAGAUUACUGAAGACUCGGUCAUCACGACAGAUGGUGUCAAGUACCCUGUUGAUGUUGUUGUAUGUGCUACCGGGUUUGAUGUCUCACACUGCCCGUACUAUCCAGUUAUCGGCCGUGAUGGCGUUAGCCUUGCGGAUAAAUGGGCUGAUGAGCCUGAAUCGUAUUUGUCAUUGGCUUGUCCAGACAUGCCGAACUAUUUCAUUUUCACGGGGCCCAACGCUGUUGUCGGCCACGGAUCCCUGAUCGAGGCCCUUGGUUGGACAGCGGAUUACAUGAUCAAAUGGAUGGAGAAGAUCGCCUCUGAAGAUAUCAGCUCAAUUGAGCCGAAACAAAGCGCUGUGGAUAAUUUCAUCGCCUAUGGAGACCGUGUGCAUGAGACCCUUACCUGGACCGGUGGAUGUCGAAGUUGGUAUAAGAAGAACAGGGUCGACGGUAGGGUAACUGCCACCUUCCCUGGCAGCGCCUUGCUAUAUAGGCGGAUGAUUUCGGAUAUCCGGGGAGAGGAUUGGGAUAUCCGAUACCGUUCUCCGAACAAGUUCAGAUUCAUGGGCAACGGCUUCAUGGAAUAUGAAUGUGGAGGGACGAAUGACUUGGCGUGGAUUGGUUUUACCCUUGACCUGUCAUCCUUGCCUCCUGCUUAUCCGCUCCAUUACAUUCCAGGAUACCACUACCCCCCAGCAUUAUCUGUUGGUGCUACGUGUGGUAUGAGACUAGGAGAAGACCACUUCUACUAUUCAGAAUAUGAUUACGGUCCUGGUGCCGCAUUUGAGAACAUGACCGUGGCUUUUAUCUGUCUACCCAUAGCGUUGGCUACUUUACAAUCCGUGCCGCCUGUCGAAUGGCUCUCGUUGUCCGACUGGAAGGUCGCGAAGACUGUAACGUAA